AUGGGUUCGGAGAAGGAUAAUAUUCGUCAACUUAUCGGAGAGUUUCAGGAGUAUGAUUCUGUUCUGCAUAUUGUGGAUAAGUGUCAUUCUGAAUUCUUGAAGAAUGGUUUGCAGUCUAAUCGCAGUGAGACGCGUCCAAUUAUAAAUUGUUUGGACGCUUGUAAUGAAUAUGUUGUGUUUGGCUGGGAUAACGGAUAUUUGAGUGUUAUUGACAAGAAAUCGUGCAAAGUUGCUGGAAUUAUUAAAGUUGAAAAUGUUCGUAACAUUCUCAGAAAAACGUCAUCAGCUAUCCCCAUUUCUGUCAAAGUACGGGCAGAAAACAGACUUGUGAUUGUGUGCUCCUGCUAUUAUAACAUGAAAGCUACUUACAAAAAGCCUCUGGCUUUUCGUAGUCAGGAGGAGUCUCUAGUAGUUUUCCAUUCUUUGCUGUUGUCGGAAAGCAAGAAAUUAAAAUUAUAUCCCAUAUCCAUUCAAAAUCCGCAUCAUAACAUGCUCUCAGGAAACUUUUAUGUUUCUCCAUCCGGUGAUGCUUUCAUCACAGGUGAUAUUCGUGGCCUGAUUGUGUCUUUCAAGUAUGUUGAAGAAACUGCUAGUUAUAAAUCAUCAGUAUUGACUGUUGUUCCUGGUUCAAUUGUUGAUCUUAAGCUAACAAAAGGAUAUUUACUUUUAAUAACAUGUCGUGUAUUGCCUGAGGCACGUACAUCGCCGACACUUGGUCAUGAUGUUUUAGAAGUGGUUCAAAACGGUGGAUUAACUUAUUAUCUAUACAAUAUCAACACUAGAAAGCUGAUAAAACUUGAGUUAAACACUCUGCUGUCUAGUUCCUUAGGAGGAUUAAACGUAUCAUGUAUCAGUCCGGUAUGGUUACAUGGUCAUGAUUUCCACUUUGCGUGUACAUUAUCCCAUACAUCCAAUUCAAAUCCUGAUACCUCCUCCUCCUCAUCUUCUUCUUCAUUAGAACCAAAUAACCUAAAUUCUCUGUACUUUUGUGCUGUAUUUUCUGUCAACCUGGAUGAAACCGAAGAUUCUAUGCAGAUUAAUUUCGAUUCAUUAUUAUCCAUUGAGAAGGCAUCAUUCAUUGGCCAAUUAAAUAGUCUACGUGUUUUAUCUUCACAGAUUUCUAUCGAUUCAAUCUAUCCUAAGGACGUGGGUGAUGAUGGUGACGAUGGUGAUGUGAAAUGGCGUCAUUUUAAGUUGUGUAUGCUUAGUGGAGAGUCUGGCUUACACUCUCUAUCGUCCAACCUACUCGUCUAUUGGACUAAACCAUUGGAUUCAAAUUAUUCUUUAUUUACCCUCUUACAACCUUAUCAUUCGCCAAUGAUUAAUCCAACAAAUUCAAGCAUAGCAUUUCCAAUCAAAUCAAUAGAAUUGUUGACUUAUUCUCAACAACUAGGUCAAAUUAAUACAGUCAGCGCUUUAUGGUUAAAACCUUGUCAUAAUUAUGCUACACGUAAACGUGCAUUCGGUGGAAUUGGAUUAGAAGUAUGGAUUAUCAGGCAAUUACCACAAGGAUAUGAAUUAAACAGUUCUGAAGUGGUUGUAUUAUCCACUAGACCUUUACGAGCCCAUCUUAUCGCUUUAGCACCGAAUAUCACUUAUGCUGAUUUCUUUGCAAAUUCUAAUCAUCAAAAUACUUCAUUAAUUCAAUCUAUGCUGUGUCAAGGAUAUGCUGCCAAUGGUAUCAAGACCGGCACAAGCACCAUCAGUAAUAAUAAUCAUAACAAUAAUAAAAUCUCAUCACCUGGUCGUACUCCUCAGCUUUUGUCAACCACAUCAGCAUCAUCAUCUUUCUUCUCUUCUCCGUCUUCAUCAUCGUCUUCAUUGUUAUCAUUACCGGCGGCGGCUUCCUCUUCCGUAUCAUCAUCAUCAUCGAAGGCGUUAGUACAGAGCCAAUUAUUAUAUUCGGAUGGUAAUAAUAAUAAUAAUGGUAAUAUUAAUCGUCGAAAUUCACUCAUGUCCUUUUCCACUUUUUCUUCUUCUUCUUGUUCUUCUUCAAGAAAAUAUAACGCUGAAAAAUUUAAAAUGUCCGUCUUUAUACCAUGGCCUUCUAAAUUAUUAUCCGAUGGAAAUAAACAUCAGUUAAAUGUCUUUAAAACAUCACCAGACAUAGUCGAAGGAUAUGAUAUUGGUGUUGAUGCUUGUACAUUGUUAGACGAUGAUUCGGAACCAUCUUCAUCACAUACACCAACCGUAGUCAGUGCUAAGUUGACCAAUUCUGGAUCAAAUUCUGUUUUACUGAGUAAAUCACAACUGCAGUCAGAUGUAUUAUGCACUUCAACGGGGGAUGGAUGUACUUCAGAACGAAAUCCACAGUGUUUUGAAUUAAAUGAUGACAGUUCAUUAUCAAAAACUGAAAUCUCCAGGGAUAAUUCUUCAUCAACCAAUGUAAUGAAUCCAUCAGAAUUCUCUGAAAUCUCCAAGAUAUCCACUGUGAAUUCUUGUUCAUCUAGUAAUUUUGAAGAGAUUACAACACAUAUAGAAGAAAGCGCCAGUAAUAAUACUCAUAAUAUAAAUGGCGGUGAAUUUGAAAUCCCCGCUUCAACAAAUCAAAUAUUAACUUCUUCACCGGAGGUACAGCCAUAUCAAAGUGUAAAUACCACUACGCCAACGAUAACUACUACUAAUAAUCCAGUUAUUAGUAAUAUAUUGCCUACUGAUGAAAGUCAAAUGGUUUCAUAUGAACUGAAUCAGGAUGAUAAUACGAAUAAUAAUGAUAACAACAAUAGUAAUGAUGCUAAUAUGUCUUCUAUACUGAACACUUCUUCUGCAUGGUCUAUCGAUUUUUGUUCAUCAUCGAUGACAACAACAGAGACAUCGUCGUCACCACUGUCAACUGGUGAUACUUCACAAACACUAUCGCAUUUAUCAUUGGAUAAUUUAAAGAAUGAUAAUUUUGAUCUGUUGCCGUUUGUUGAUUCCACUGGUCGACCAGGUAUUGCUUUACAUGAUCGUGUUAAUCGAAAACAUUUGAAAUCGAUUUUGGCACCAUUACAAUUAGGCAAUGUCUAUUCUAUUCAUAUUUCACCAAAUGGAAAACUUAUUUGGUGUCUUGUUCCACCGCGUAAUACAUCCACCAAUAACAACCAGCAUAAUAAUCCUGCCAACAAUAAUAAUAUUAGUCAAAGUUGCAAAAGUUUCCAUGUUGAUGUCUGUCUUGAAUCGAAUGGUAUACUUGGUCUAUUAAAGGCAUGGAAUUCUAAUGAUAUCGGUCGUUGGGAAUCUAGUGUGCUAUUAGAGAUAACAAGUAUUGAUUUGUGUAAUACAUAUGCAGUUUUCAGUACUUCGUCAGGUCAUUUAAAGAUUCAAGUUGGGCUGUCUUCCAAAAGGCCUUACAAUCAAUCCUAUACAUGGCCAUGUCCUGGAUAUUAUAUUGUACAAGUUACAACUUGUUCUGCUGGUCUAGUAUGGUGUUUAGCUAUUAGACAGUCUGAUGAUGAUGGGAACGACACAAUAUCAUUUGACUGCGAUAGAUUUGUUAUACUUAGUUCCAAUCUACCGAAAUCUCUAAUUGAAAAUCAAUCAUCAAAAUCAAUUUCAACUGCUAAUACUACUGUAACAGAACAAUUGAAACAUUUAACAUGGUCAACAACUUUUAAACUACCUUCCUUAUUGAUUCGAUCAUUAACUGAACAGAUGACUUCAAUUGAAGCUUUGCCUGCAUUGAAUGAUUUAGCCGCAUUGAUUAAUUGUGAACUUCAAAUUGUAUUAAUUGAUCAAAAAAUGAAAUCAAUAGUUAAAAAUCAAGAAAUGGCAGGGGGAAGUCGAAUAAGGCAUUACAUAACAGCUUGGAUUCUUAGUGCAUAUUAUACACCAGAAGAAUGUGAUAUGUAUAAUAUUUAUUCAGUUAAUGGUUAUGUCCAGUGUAUUAUUAGUAGUAAAUCUGAUGAUGGUGAAGAUGGUGAUAAUAAUAAUAAUAUUGAAUUCGAAUCGAUUUCCGAUUGGAAUCAGUUCACUGUCGGUGAAAUUAGUGCUACUACUAAUGCUGCUAACACACCAAACAUGAGUAGGAGUUAUUUCGGUGACUUCUUUACGAAACGAAUCACAUCUAAACAGAAAGAUUUGAUUACAUAUCCCGUUCCACUUAUUCGAUAUACUCAUUCAAUUGUCAAUAACAAAGUAUCUGAUAAAGAUGCUGAGGAUAAGACCGCUCGUCAUCACCGUCAUCAUCAUCGUCGCAUUGAUGAUAUAAUCUCUAAUCAUCAUGUGAUAUGUGAUCAACCAUUUCGAAUUACCCAACAACGUCCUUGGAAUAAGAAUACAAUAAUUAUGCAACCAAUUAAAUCCACUUCGAAUUUAUUCACCUAUUAUUGGAAACAUUAUCAUCAUUAUGUUUUACUAGAUAUUGAAAAUAUCAAUAAUAUAUUUGUUGUUCAAACGUUUGUAAAUUCAGACGAUAAUAAUAAUAAUAGUAAUAGUAGUAAUGCUUUUAUCAAGUGUUUAUGGAUACCUAGUAAUGAUGGUUCAUUUAAUAAAGGAAUUAAAUGUUAUGCAGAGACACAAGUGAAAUCAGUUAUCGAUUUAUUGAUACCGUAUCCGAAUGAAAUUAAUGAUCAACCGGAAAAGUUAACAGUUAGUGCGAUAUGUCUAUUGGCGAGUGAAUUAUCAACUACUGAUGGUGUCACACAGCUUUUUAUUGCAUUCACCAGUGGUUUAUUUAUGAGUCGUAUUGGUAUAUCAGAUCAAAAUCCGAUUGGAACGCAAUGGGUAGUUUUAAGUUGUCCAGACAUUUGGAAGACUGAAGAGGUUAGCGCAAGUUCAACAACAGUAAUGUCGUAUUAUUUUACAUCAAUAUGUUGUAUUAAAAUGAAAUUAUGGGCUACAGAUAAUAAUGGUCAAUUGUUUACUGCCAAAUUACUCAUGAACAAUAUUCACUCUAGUAGUAAUAAUAAUAGUGAUCAUUCAUAUUGGGAAACAUUAACGUGGACUCUAGAUCCUGCAUGUGAUAUUGAUCGUAAUCCUGAAGGUCAAUCAAUUCAUUUCAAGUAUAUUACCGGUGCAAAUUGGGAGUCUUAUGGUUUAGGCAUUUGUUUAUGGUCAAUAGGGUGCAAAUUGUCCUACUUACCAAAGUCAAAUGAUACAAAUAAUCAUUUCAAUUUUUUAACACUAUGA